AUGAAACCAAAUGGCUGGAUUUCACUCAUAUUGAGUAACAGAGAAUGUGUAGUAUUGCAAUUCAACAAUGGAGUAUUCAUGAAUCAAGGAUUUGUGGUCAAUGAGCAGAAAGUGUUGAAAGUGUUUGGAAAUCAUCAAAUUGGUGCUAUUUCAUAUAAUGAAGAACAAUCCAUAGAAGUAGUAGUAGAAGGAAUCGUGGAUUUGGAUCAUGGAAGUCGAUUUGAGGGAUUGGUAUUGACAGAUAACAAGUUUGGAAUUCCAUUUGGAUAUGGUGAAAUGUAUGAUGAUGAUGGAAUAUUGGUGUACAAGGGUAUAAUGAUCAAUUGGAAACGAUUUGGAUAUGGAACGAGUUAUCAUAAUAAUGGAUGUAUUGAAUAUGAAGGAUAUUGGUGUGAUGAUAAGCGAUUUGGAAUUGGAAAAGUGUAUGAUCGAUAUGGUAAAUUAGUGAAUGAAUGUGAAUGGUGCAAUGGAAUUGAAAGUGAUAUCGAUUAUGAAGGAGAUGGCUCAGAACCACUGAAUACCGGAAUGAAACAUUUGAAACUGACUGACAAUUGUGUAUUGGUUGAUUGGGAUGUUUCAUUGUUGUAUAAUUUGGAAUCAAUCGAAAUCGGCGAUGAUUGUUUUGGAUCAGUGAAAACAUUUAAAAUCAAUGGAUUGAAUCGAUUGAAAACUAUCAAAAUCGGAAAUAGAUCAUUUACUCAGACAAAGAAUGAUGAAUAUGAAAAUGAAUAUGAAAAUGAAUAUGAAUAUGAAUAUGAAUAUGAAAAUGAAUAUGAAUAUGAAAAUGAAUAUGAAAAUGAAGAGGAGGAUGAAAAUGGCGAUAGUGAAUCGAAGUCAUUCCACAUACUGAAUUGUGAAUCAUUGGAAUCCAUUCAAAUUGGUGAAUAUAGUUUCAGUGAUUUUGCUGGAGACUUUGAAUUGAAGAAUCUACCACAAUUACAAUCUAUUCAAAUUAGCGAUGAUUGUUUUGAAUCAGUGCAAACAUUCAAAAUCGAUGGAUUGAAUCGAUUGAAAACGAUCAAAAUCGGAAGCAAUUCAUUUUCUCAAAUGAAGAGUUCUGACGUGUGGAACUGCAGGAAGGCAGACAACAAAUCGAAAUCAUUCCACAUAUUGAAUUGUGAAUCAUUGGAAUCCAUUCAAAUUGGUGAAUAUAGUUUCGGUGAUUUUGCUGGAGACUUUGAAUUGAAGAAUCUACCACAAUUACAAUCCAUUCAAAUUGGGACAAUUGGAAGUACUUCAAACAAUUUCUUCAGUAGUUCGUUUGUAAUUCGAGGUAUUGAUAUGAUAUUGAAUAUUUGA